UUGUUAUGAUGAAUUAGAUGAAGUUGUAUGUGAGCUCCUCCCUGACAAACAAACUGUAGUCUAGGUAACCGCCUUAUCAGUCAAGUAGGCUAAAAAUCUGUGUCCUUUGAUGUAAGCUUUGAUGUCUCUUUGUGCAUAUGUAGUUAUAAAAAAAAAAAAAAAAAAAAAAGAAACCUUUGACUAGCUAGGAAGAGUAGCAGCAGUAGGCAGCAGUAGUAGUAGCAGUGCAAGCAGGACUAGACUAGAUUAAAAAGUUGGUGGAAAGAAUAACUGACCGUUUGGACGUCACCUGGCUGCCAGACUUUCAUCUGGACUCUUCCCCCUGAGUAGCUGGCCUUUCUCUAAGCCACAAAACUGAGCAAGAAGCUGAAGAAGCAGCUAGACAGAGACAUGUACCUAGCCUUGAGAAUUGGGAGGCGUGGCUCAACUAGUUAGCCCAGCCCAGAGGAAUUGUUACCGUGGGUACUGAACAACCGUAGAAGUAGGGCUACCCCUGGCUUUACUGAAUUAACUAGCUGUGUCUGCUGUCUAGUUGGACCAGAUUUAGCUAGAUAAUGGGGUAGAGAAUAGUUGAGCGGUGCUGUGUGUAGCUUGAACUGUACUGGCUGGCAAGAAUCUAGUAAGCACCCUAUGCACUGAUAACUCGUCAGAAUGGAGGGUAUGUUCUAGGGAUCUGGACAGCUGUACAUCCAAAGGAGCCAGGGAGUGCCAAUCAUCUUCUCCCAGUCUCUGACACGCUAAACAAAAGGAGCUAGAACUGGGAGUCCCAGCUAGAAUUGCUAGCCGGAUCUAGACUAAUAGAAUGACUUGGAGGCGUGGUGAGGCCGGAUCCACACUAAUUGAUCGACCUAAAGACGCUCCUGUUCCAGAUUUCACGAAUGGCAAGGAAAGGGAUAUAGAUACAAUUAAGACUCUAUAUAACACGUAGAUCUAUAUACAUAUCUAGCCAAGCCAUGUCUAGCUAUAGGCCACCUAGCUCCAGGAAACGGAGAGAACAGUCCCAGUUUGCUCGCAAGGUGGCUGCAAUCAAGAAUGAGUUCAAGAUUCUCCUGGGCACCCUAGACCCUGUGUCAGCCUUCAAUUACCUCCACUAUGAAGGAAUUGUAACUAAGUCAGACAAGAAAAACUUUGAACAGCAUCUGUCCACCAGUGAGACAAACACUGGCCUUGGUAAAAGAACAGUUUCAGUGUCUAGUGUUGACGAGGGUAAAAAACCAGUUAAAAUAGACGACAAAAGGCAACAAGCUGCUCGUGAGAAGUUGGCUGAGAUUGUGGACCAGAAAGAUGAUUAUAAAGAAAUGAGGGCCAUCGUAAUUGGACUCAAUGCUUUCAAGAAGCUGCAUCAGUCUGCCGUUGACCGACGUCAGACUGUUCAAUCACAAGCUGCUACUUUGUUUGAGCAGAGCAUUUUUAAUCAAGAUUUAAGCGAAACCACUACGAAGAAACCAGUGAUUCUUCCUGAAGAGAAACUAUUAGCAGCCUUUGAGCAAGGAACUCAUAGUCCUGAAGAGCUUAUCGAGCUUCUUGAGGAGAGCAUGAACCAUUGCGUCAUUUCGGAAGUGGUAAACUUUGAAGGAAAAACUCUACUUCAUCUUGCUUGCUGUAUCCAGCCGGUUGAAAUUGUAAAGACUCUUGUUACUAAGUACAGUUGUGACCCAAAUGUACAAGACAAUGAAGGAAACACUGCUCUGCAUGAAGCAAGUCGUUGUCGAAAGCCUAUCGUCACAAAGUUUAUUGUCAAUCUUCCAUAUUGUAACCCAAACAUUUCCAACAGUGCCAAAGAGACCCCUCUACACCUGGCUCUUCGUGUACACCACUGGAGACUAAGUAAAGUCCUACUAAAGUCUGGAAAAAUUGACAAGACGAUUGAGAACUCAAAAGGCGAGACAGCAUUUCAAUUGAUGGAGAGACAUCCCCAGAGUCAUGAGGUAGCCAGGAUGAAGAAGCUGCUUGAAAGGGGUCAUAGUGUGAUGUCCAACACAUCCGGAGACAGCGAACUGAUAUCACCCCCUAUGACUCCAACUGACAGUACAAGUCACAGAGAAUUACUACUCCAUGGACAGGGGUCAACUGCUACACGCUCCCAGCAAAUACAAGUAGCAGCAACUACCCCAGUUCGACCCAAAACUAGAUUAAAGGGUAUACUUCGACCCUACAACCCUGAAUCUAUACGCACGUCACAACUAGAGACAGUACUUGAGGGGCUGGAUGAUAGUAGUGCCGAACAGAGUGAAGUAUCACUGGACAUGGACAGUUGCAACCUGCUAGCAGGCACCAAUACAGUCACUUUGACAGAAAAACUGUCUAACGCUUGUUGCUACAGCCCUGAGAUAUUUGUAAGAAUCGGAUAUUUCCUCGUUGCCAUGGUACUGUGUCUAAUCGUGCUGUUACUCCUUUUUGUGCUACUUUUCUUAACUUAAUGUUUAUGGACUAGCAGCAACAAAAUUAAUAACUUAUUGUUAAUGGUUGAAAUCUGUGUACACUAGUAGCUAUAAUAUACGUACACAAUUGACGCACAUUUUAUUUCUUGAUUGGUUUUGUAAUUUGUAUAUAAACCUCAAAAACCGUUUAGAAGUUCCUUGA